GGAGCCGGCGUGGUGUGCACCCGUGCCCACACCCACCACCUCGUCACCGAGUACGGUAUCGCCAGUCUUUUUGGAAAGUCGGUGAGACAACGCGCCUAUGAGCUGAUCAACAUCGCCCAUCCCGACGACCGGGAAUCGCUAGAGAAAGAAGCCUUCAAACGCAUGAAAGUGAUGCCCUCGAGAGAAAAU